UAUGACCUCACUCGCCAAACAAACAUGGACGUCAGAAACAGACAGAGACACGUUUCAAAGUGGUGACAAAGCGAAAUUAGAAAGAAAAGAUAGCUAAAUUAUAUAUUUUACACGUUGAUAUGCCACAGAAUGUAGAAAUUGAUUCUCUCAACAGAAACGCUGAGUCUGAUUCAAAUACACCCUCACCAGAGAUGGGGAAAGGAUUUCGAACCAUCGAGUGGGUAACUCGACUCGUUUUCGCUGUUGUUAUGCGCUUUUGGAAACUUUGUACUUCUGCAGCCCUCAUUCUGUUGCUGGCAUUCUGGAUGACAGGAGGCGUGAUAACAUUCCUCCUCCUCAUCUUCGCUCUCAUAGGAUUGUUUUACAAUGCUCAGGACAUGUUGUUAUAUUACCCGGAUCAGCCACCACAGUCUCGACUGUUUGUACAGCUUCCUAACACAGUCAACCUUCCAUACGAAAAUCACUUCAUCCGCACAUCAGACAAUGUUCGAAUCAAUGUUGUCCUCAUCAAACACACACAUGCCAAUGCUCCGACUGUGAUAUAUUUUCAUGGCAAUGCAGGAAAUAUAGGCCACAGGCUUAUAAACAGCCAUGGAUUUUUUACCUCAUGUGGUGUGAAUGUCCUGCUGGUGGAAUACCGAGGCUAUGGCAAAAGUGAGGGAUCCCCCUCAGAAACAGGCCUGUACAGAGACGCUGAGGCAGCUAUUAACUUCCUAUUGGGUAGGAAUGAUAUAAACAGGGACAAGAUUGUGGUGUUUGGACGCUCACUAGGUGGCGCUGUAGCAGUAUGGCUGGCAUCACAACCAUUCUAUGCACAACAUAUAGCAGCCUUAGUUAUAGAGAACACUUUCACUAGUCUGCCUGAAAUUGGAAGGACUAUAUUUAAUUUCAAAUUAAUGGAACUUUUGCCUGAAAUAUUAUUUAAACAUAAAUAUCCAUCAGUUGAGAGAAUUAAAAAUAUAUCUCAGCCAACCUUAUUUCUGUCAGGACAAGCUGACGAUCUCAUUCCGCCCAAAAUGAUGACAAAGCUGCAUCAGGUAUCUGGUAGUGGAAUGAAGAGAAUACAUAGGUUUGAACAAGGUAGCCAUAACGAAACUUGGAUGUGCUCGGGCUACUACGAAGCUUUUCUACAAUUUCUUAGAGAUGUUAUACAAGCCAAGUCUGCUAGUCAGACUCAGGAUCAAAGUCAGCAAGUUGUGAAUAAUUUCUCCUCCAAUAUAAACAUGACACAAGUAUAAUAAUUAGCUUAACGUUGUGGAUGGCUAUUGACUUUGACUGGGAUGUAAACAAGUAUAGACCAAAAUAAAUGUACUGACUUACUUGUACACCUACAAAGUAUGAAUGUACCGUAAUUAUCCUCAAAUAAACCCCCUUCACUGGUGUAAGAUUUUAUUAUUGAAAGGAAUAUAUAUAUAUAUGGCGGAUUUGUGACCAUUUUAGUUUUAAAGCUGGUGAUUCUGCAAAAAAAGAGGAAGGGAAUUUACUUGUUGACUGGGGUUUAUUUCUAGAUGAAUACGGUAUACAGGAUUUUAAAUGUUUUCAUUUCAUAUGACAUUUUCCAGUUUGCUAAAAUGUCACAGCCCUUUUAUGCAAAGUAAACCUUAUUAAGUUGUUAUACUGCCAUCGUUUUGUCAUUAAAUGUUUGGCCAUAUAUUGGGGAAUAUAAAGUAGAAGAGAGGAAAUGGAAAUAUGUUAAAUGGUAUAUGAUGAUUUAAUUGGUAUUACAUAUGUAGAUGGUAUGUUUGGUAUGUUGCAUUGUAUAUGGUAUAUAUAAUGGUAUGUGUGGUGGUGUGUUUUGGUAUAUUUAAUUGUAUGUUACAUUGUAUGUAUGGUAUGUUAUGUAUCGGGUAUGUUUGGUAUAUGAUGGUAUGUUCGGUAUGUUUAAUGGUAUGUUUGGUAUGUUUAAUGGUAUG